AUGAAUAUAAUUCUAAGACAUCUAGGGAUUAUUAUGAUGUUGAUGUGUUACGUUAUAUUAGGUGCUUGUAAUGAAAUUUAUCCAUCUAAAUCUAAAUUAUUGUCAAGGAGAAGAAGAUAUGUUGCAUUUCCGGAAGGAUCCAGUUUUUCGUGUGCUGGAUGUAUGACUGUGGGUCUCAUAGGGCAACCGGCUCCAUCGACAGCCCCCGGCACGUUCACCUUUGGGCUCAACUGGGCCAUUGCUUAUGAACUGCCCAAUGCAACCGAAACCACAGCUUUCUACACACAAAAGUACAAAUACAAGAAACCUGUCCAUCAGAGGAGAAGUAGGAGGGAAUUGUAUGAGAAGAUUGAGACUAUUUUGGACAGCAUGGGUUACAGCGGUAGACAAUGUAUACUAAAGACUUUGUGUGAGACGACACAGCGCAUAGUUCCUCACGGAGAAAAUAUGGUUGAAGAAGUAUUCCGUUCGCUAUUCACAUUACCAAUGGUUAAAGUUUUAUCAUCGGAGCCUCUCGAACACACCAUCUAUGAUUCAGCACAUCGCUUAGGAGUCCUUCUUCAGAACUGCGACGCCAUGUUCAACUGUCCUAUAUCUCUGGUGGAUUGGGCCAAAGGAUAUUAUAAUGCUCCAUCUCCUAAUGUGGAUACUUUGAGAAAUCCUUGGGCUUUGUUCAGUAGCAACUUUGGAUGA